UGUAACCUUUAAAUCGAAUGAAAAUGAGGCAUCUAAUCGGUCGGGUUUGGAUGCGUAGCCAAAUCCCGUCGCGCCGAUCAUUUGGUGACCAGCGCCUUCUUGCAGCAGCUCGUGCAUCAGCUCAAAUCCACAUUUGACUCAGUCGCCCCUCAGCUCCAUCACCAUGAACUCCCUGAUCCGUAUGACCAAGUCGCGCUCCCUGGCGUCGGCUGUGCGCAAUGUGCACAUUGAGCGCAAGAUCGAGGAGUUGGGCUACACGCUGCCGGCUGUGGCCGAGCCCAAGGGCAACUACCGCACGUCGGUGCGCUCUGGCAACACCAUCUACAUGGCCGGCCACCUGCCGCAGCCCGCUGGUGGUGACCUUAUCCUGGGCAAGGUCGGCAAGGACCUGACGCCCGAGCAGGGCUACGAGGCCGCCCACUACGUGGCACUCAGCCUCAUGGCUACCCUCAAGCAGGAGGUGGGCGACCUUGACAAGAUCAAGCGUGUGGUGAAGCUCGUGGGCUUCGUCAACUGCGUCGACGGCUUCACGCAGCAGCCGGCCGUCAUCAACGGCGCCUCGGACACCAUCGGCAAGGUGUUCGGAGACAAGGGCAUCCACGCCCGCUCGGCUGUCGGCACCAACGCUCUUCCCCUUAACGUGGCUGUCGAAGUCGAGGCCAUCGUCGAGAUUGAGGACUAAGCUCUGCGUAUUAGCGUAGCCUCUUCAAGUGAUUAACUGGCUUACUAUCCACGUUGGUCCUUGUACCCCUCACGGUGAGGCUCACCCUUAUGUAAACGGGAAUGAAAAGGUUUAUUGUACUCGAA